UUGUCACAUACUUUAUUUAUAAUUAUUAGGCAUCAUGGGACUGGCAGAGUUAGACCUACGCGAUGUUGUGGUUAUUUUGGUUGCUUUGCCGCUGAUUUAUCGCUUGGUGGUACCAAUUUAUGUGCACUUCAUCUGGGUGAUUUUGUGGAAGAAAAAGGACUUAGUCAAGGUCUAUGGAAAAUGGGCAGUUGUCACUGGCGGUUCAAGAGGCAUUGGCAAAGGUUACUCUAUAGAAUUAGCAAAACGCGGCAUGAACAUUGUUUUGAUCAGCCAUGGGCUAGAAAAUUUGAGGAAAGCUGCAAAGGAAAUUGCUGAAACUGGCGUCGAGACGAAAAUAAUCUGCGCCGAUUUUAGUCGCACUGAAAAGGAGUAUAAAAAAAUAUUCUCAGUCAUUGACGACCUAGAUAUUGGCAUUCUUGUCAAUAAUGUUGGAACAGCUGAAGGAUUCCCGAAUUAUUUUGAGGAGAUGCCUCGAGAUAAAAUGUGGGCUAUAAUGAUGAUAAACAUGUGCGCAGCAGCGUCAAUGACGCAUUUUGUUUUGCACAAAAUGAUAAGGAAACGCAGGGGAAUGAUUGUUAACAUGGUGUCUCUUACUACUUUAGGGGCAACUCCUUUUGCUUCCAUAUACGGAGCAUCAAAAGCUUUCAUGAGGAGUUUCACUGAGGCUUUGAUUUUUGAGUGCAAAGGGACCGGCGUGGAAUUCCAGAUUGUGUGCCCGGGAUUUGUGGACACGGAUAUUGUUGAGAGCAAUGCAAGAUCUUACCUGCCAUCAGUUUUCUUUCCUAAACCAGAAAAUUUUGCUAAGAGUGCGACUGCAACUAUUGGGAAGGUCGUCACAACGACUGGAUGCUUUGCUCAUGAUUUGCAGUUUACAACAGGAGAAUACUUGCCAAGAAGUUGGAGGGCUUGGAUUUGUUCAAAGUUUAUCAAUGUAAAAGAUCGCAAAUGCAAAAAAUAGAAAAAUUACGCUCCACUCUCAAUGGCACCUUAAAAAAAUAUUAUCUCUUGCGAUAAAACUUUGUUCAUUGUUACAAAAAUAUUAUAAUUAACAUAAUUUUGUUCUAAUUAGUGAAAAAAAUGUUGAAGAGUACGAGAUUGGUAUAAAUUGCAUUAUUAUGGUAUUAAUUUUGAUUGAACAUUUUUUAAUUUAAAUGAAUUAAGAAAGAAAUUGUAUUUAAUUAGACUAUUAUUAUAUGAAGUAUUUUUAGGCACGGAUCUUUUAAAGCAAUAAAAUUGCACAGUUUACAUUUCUUCAUCCUUUUAAAACUAUCUCCACACUUCACAGAAUGAACUUGCCUGUUUUCACGCUUUUACGCACCACAAUUGCAAUGGUCUUGUGGCUUUGAAUAAAACAUUAUGAGAACAUCUUGCAUCUGUAGGCAACCAUUUCAUUUUCAAGUCAGUUCAAGUGAAUUGUAAUGGGUAAGUGCUGUAGUCUGGGGCGUUAGUCACUCUUCACUGUUUGUCGGAGAUGGAUCUCUGGGACGUUUAUUCCUUAAUGGCCCUCGUUUUGGUGACCAGAGCUUUGCUGCAUUUUAUGUUCACCUGGGCGAAAAUUCUCUAUUUGCAUUUUCUCUCCAACAUCCUCUUUAGCCAAAGAGACUUAGUAAAAGACUAUGGACUCUGGGCAGUGGUCACUGGCAGCUCUAGUGGAAUUGGAAAGCAUUAUGCAAAAGAGCUUGCAGGGAGAGGCAUAAAUAUCGUUUUAAUUAGCAACGAGGAAGAAAAUCUAAAUAUCACCGCUAAAGAAAUCGAGAAUGAGAGCAACGUAGAGACAAAAUUAAUAUUCGUCGAUUUCAGCCUGGGAGAUGAGGAACACCAAAAAAUUUUCAAAGUCAUAGAAGAACUGGACAUAGGCAUUCUAGUAAAUAACGUGGGAACAGCUGCAGGACUUCCUAACUUGUUUGAAAACAUGACUCGUCAUCAAAUGUGGAGUCUUUUGAUGAUCAAUGUGGGCGCAGCCACCUCCAUGACUCACUUUGUUUUGUCCAAAAUGAAAUCAAAGGGAAAAGGACUCAUUGUUAAUGUAGCUUCAUCUUCCGCAAUGGCACCCACACCCUUUGCAAAUAUUUAUGGAGCCAGCAAGGCUUUUGUGAAACAUUUCUCUGAUGCCCUUAAAUUCGAAUGCAAAGAAACGGGCGUUGAGGUUCAGACGAUUUGCCCUUUCUUUGUGGACACAAAAAUCAUCGAAAGCAGAGCAGGACUCUAUCCAGCAUUUUUCUUUCCAACGCCAGAGGAUUUUUCAAAAAAUGCUGUUUUGACUUUAGGAAAAGUAGGAAGUACCGCAGGUUGCAUGGCCCAUGAUAUCCAGACGGCCUGCGCGGAGCUUUUACCUCGCCGCGUUCUUGUUUGGCUAAGUGCAAAAAGUUUUGAAGUAAAGGACUUUAAAAGCCAAGAGAAAAAACAAGAGUGAUGUAAGCGCUGGUUGCGCAGAUAUAAUAUUAAUCCGUUAAAAAUGAGAACUCAAAAAUUGCUUACAAAAUCAAUGAAACCUUGAAAAUGAAAUUUUUUAAUUGGAAUUCAAUGAUAUAAAUUUAAAAUAAUUUCAUUUAUUGUGCUUGUAGCUUCUAUUGAGAGCCUUAUUAUUUCAUACAAAUAAGAGCGAUUUGUUGUACAUAUUUAAAAUUUAAUAUUAAUA